CGGAAGGGAGGGAGGAAGCUUCCAUUGCCGCCCCGCGGCCGUCCUAGCCGGAAGAGAGGGAGGAAGCGCCGGAGACGGCUCCGAGCGGCUCUCGUUACCCCUGGAGCCCCGGGCUGCCCGCCGGGAAUUACCACUAUUGAUAUAAGGCUUUGGUGUGAAGACAUCAUAGUGAUAGUUUACCUCAGUCGCCGGGACAAACUCUACAAGAGAUGGAAGACCGUGAGCCGUGGUAUUCCCAGCCAGUGUAUGCAAGAUACUGGAAGCACUAUGACUUAGCCAUGCGUUGGAUGCGGAGACACCAGAGAGCCUACAGGAAAGCCAUAGAGGCCUUUUAUCGCCUACCGUGGCAUCCUUCUGCAGCCUCUCCAAGUAGUCACUACUCAGAUGGAUGGGUAUGAUCUCCCACAUACCCAAAACUCUUCUUCCAACUAUAGCCCACGUGGCAGAGCCCGGUACCAUGGAGAGCUCGGCAGCGCACAGAUGCCCACCAAAGCAGCAAGGAUGCAGACAGAGAAUCUGAAAUGGAGGAGGACUCUGAGUCUGAAGGAGAGAUAGAAUAUGACCUGAGUAACAUGGAGAUCACAGAGGAGCUUCGCCUUUUUGCACAGACAGAGAGGCACCGGGAAGAACUCCGGAGGCAGCAGCAGCUGGAGGCUGAGGACCAGUAUGUGGAGGCUGAUCAAGACCUUCACAAGAUGAUGGAGCGUUCUGUGCAGCCACCUACAGAAAGACCUGGGGAAAGGCGAAUGGCAGAAAUGAAGAAACUGUAUGGUGCUGAAGCUGCCAAAAUCCAGGCAAUGGAGGCUGCCAUGCAGCUUAUCUUUGAUAGAAACUGUGACAAAAAGCAGCCCAAAUACUGGCCCAUCAUUCCUCUGAAGUUGUGAGUACCUGGACUGUGCUCUCAGCUGGCACAGAGCUGCAGGGACAGGUGCCUCAGGUUGUGCUGCUGAAAGAACAAUCUGCAGAUGUUGGUUGCAUUUGGUCUCUGAGGCAGAGGCCAGCAAGGGCAGCAUGUUUCUUUUCUCUGUGUUCCUUUUACACUGUCUGCCAGCAAUGGUCACAGUCCUUUCUGCCACAUAAAGCUGUCAAAUAGUAAUAGGAGGGAGUAAUACUGAACCUGCUUAAAGCUAUACUUACUUUUUUAUACUUACUUACAAGCUUUUACUUACUUGAUAUUCACCUGCCUUGAGCAUUCUUGCAAGGAAAAUAGUUAUGUCUGUACUUGGUGAACUGGGAAAGCUUAAAGUGAUGCCAAAAAAGAAAAAAGUCUAUGAAUUGUCUUGUUUUUCCCUUUUAGGAAAUUCAGUAGUCCCACUUUUCAGUCUUAUUUAACCUAAUAGCAUUCAGAUUCUGUUUAAC